AUGGUCUUCAGCUUCACGGAAGCGCUGAAGCGCCAGAUUGCGCACUAUGCCAGCUUCCCGCAGACGGGUGUCUCCUUACGGCAGAUGGUCAUGUUCGGCCAGAACCCCUCACAGGGCACCCUCCUCCGCGCCUCGCAGUUCCUCGCCGACGAGUUGCCGAUUCGCCUCGCUCACCGCGUCAAAGAGCUUGACGAGCUCCCGCAUGGUCUGCACAAGAUGCCGAGCAUCGAGAAGGUCAAGCGGUGGUAUGCCCAGAGCUUCGAGGAGCUAGUGAGCUUUCCCCGGCCGGAGCUCCCGCAACACCUCUCCGAAGCCCUCCUUCGCGCGUCGCAAGAGUCGGAGUGUAUCCCGGAACCUGUCCCGAAUCCCUCCCUACCCGAACACAUGAAGCCCCGGCCAAACCAGCUCAAGAGCAAGCAGGGGCGGCAAAAGAUGCCUCUCCAUCGAUACUACUCGAACCCGGACCAGAACAUCGUUUGGCCGCCCGAGGUGCACGACUACAACGAGCGAUUCACUCGACUCCUCUCGAACAUCAAGCGACGGCACGAUCCCGUGGUCACGACGGUCGCGCAGGGCAUCCUCGAGUUCAAACGGGAGCGCAAGUCGCCCCACAUCGACCGCUCGAUUCAGACUUUCCUCGACCGCUUCUACAUGAGUCGCAUCGGAAUUCGCGUGUUGAUUGGACAGCACAUCGCGCUGAAUCGUCUGGAGCCUCACGAGGACUACGUCGGCAUCAUCUGUACUCGAACGAACGUCCACCAGAUCGCGCGCGAAGCCAUCGAGAACGCCACCUACGUCUGCGAGGAACACUACGGCCUGUUCAAGGGCCCGCCGGUUCAGCUCAUUUGCCCGAAGGACCUCAACUUCAUGUAUGUGCCCAGUCACCUUAACCACGUUCUUUUCGAAGUUCUCAAAAAUUCGCUUCGCGCUGUCGUCGAGACUCACGGGGUCGAUUGCGAGGAUUACCCGCCGGUGAAGGUCAUUGUCGCUGAGGGAAACGAGGAUAUCACCAUCAAGAUUUCGGACGAAGGCGGAGGCAUUCCUCGAAGCGCACUUCCUCUGGUUUGGACCUGGAUGUACACUACGGCAAACCCGGAGAACCUCGAUCAGGAUUUCCAAGGGACGGACUUCAAAGCGCCGAUGGCUGGCUUCGGCUACGGACUGCCAAUUGCACGCCUCUAUGCCCAGUACUUUGGCGGCAAUCUCAAGCUCAUUUCGAUGGAAGGACUGCUACAUUCACCUCAGCCGACUGAGUCAAAGUUCCGAGCCUCUGCAGUGAAUCACCUCUCCUGUUGUGUUCUGUAG